ACAACAACAAAAUAGAACGGAACGAGGGAAAACAACCCAUCACAAUUAUGUAUAGAUACGAUUGAAAUUGAAGUCAACAAAAGCCGUUGUAGGAUUCCGGGCCAAGUGCAAAGUUGUGGCCAGGCGCUGCAAACUACGCACAAUUUUGGUGUUGGCGGCGGCGGCGACGGCGGCGACCGCAACAGAUCAAAAUUAGCCACGCCUUUUAGAGCAAUUUGGGGAGCAACGCCUCCCAGCUAUGGCCGGCGACAUGUCCAUUGGCUGUGCCGCUCUCAAACGAUCCACAAAACUAAAAAGCUGCACCAGCGGCACCGACACUGACUCCAUGCAGCUGCCAAACGAGCGCAAAGAAAAUGGCCAUAAUAGUGGCCUAUUAAUCAAACCACCCAGUGCACCACAGAAUAUGCGUGGCGGCUUGCGGGUCUACAAGAUCGUCAUACUGGGCGAUGGCGGUGUCGGCAAGUCUGCUGUUACCCUGCAGUUCGUCAGUCACAGCUUUUUGGACUACCAUGACCCCACAAUUGAGGAUUCGUAUCAGCAACAGGCGGUAAUUGACAAUGAGGCCGCUCUGCUGGACAUACUCGACACUGCUGGCCAGGUCGAGUUUACGGCCAUGCGGGACCAAUAUAUGCGCUGCGGCGAAGGUUUCAUCAUUUGCUAUUCGGUUACCGAUCGCCACAGCUUUCAGGAGGCAUCCGAAUACCGCAAAUUGAUAACACGCGUCCGUCUAUCGGAGGACAUACCGCUGGUGUUGAUAGCCAAUAAAGUGGAUUUGGAAUCUCAGCGACGUGUCACCACCGAGGAGGGCAAAAACUUGGCCAAUCAAUUCGGUUGCCCGUUCUUCGAGACAUCCGCUGCACUGAGGCACUACAUCGACGAGGCAUUCUAUACGCUGGUGCGUGAAAUCCGCCGCAAAGAGAUGCAAAAGGCACUGGGCACGGAUACCAGCUCGGAGAAGAUACACACGCGACAUCGCAGUCGCUGGUGGCGCAUCAGAUCCAUAUUCGCAUUGGUUUUUCGGCGCAGGCGAAAUUUAAACUAGAAAAAGAAAUCAAACGAAAUCAAAUUCCUCGGUUCGCAAGUGCAAUAUUUAUCCAAUGUGUUUUUCUAUACAUAUGUAUAUAUGAGCUAUAUAUAUGUACGAUUUGUAUGUGGCACUCUAAAUCAAAUAUGUUUGUGUCUAAUCAUUUUUGAAAAACAAAUGAAUUUAUGGAAACGCGUUUAACUAUUCUAAUUGUUAAGGACAACAACUAAGUGACAUUCUGUUUGGACUUACAAAACUUUUGUUAAUUGUUUUAAUUUGAAUUGUUUUUUAUUUUAUAUUCGUCAUUUGUUAACCAUGCCACAUUGUAUUUGUUGUAUUUGUAUUGUUAAGGUGCUGCUGUGCACACUGAUAUGAGAAUAUAUAUAUAUAUAUAUAUAUUUAUUUAUAUAUAUAGAGAGAAAGAUAUGUAUAUCAAAAAUAUGUUUUAAGCACGAAUUCGAAAGAUACAAUAUUAUAUAGCAAUGCACAUACGUAUAUAUACGUAUCUAGUAUAACUAAUAAGAAAUGUUGAUUCCUAACAGAAAGCAGAAAACCAAUUGGCAAAACACGAAAACCAAAAACAAAACUAAAUGAAAUGCAUUUAAAAUUUAAACAAACAGCAACCGAAGCAAAGAGAACCAUAUGCAAAAUUAAUGAUAAUAGCAAUAAUGUUAAAUCAAAAAAAUAACGAAACGAUAUACAAAACUGAGUCCUAGCUGCAGCCAAUAGUGGUAGCUAUAUAGACCCAUAUAAAUAUAUAUAUAGACAGAUAUAUAUUAAGGUCAUAGAGAGCUUUAAGUCGCCAAAACAACAAAAGAAUUAAAAACAAUUUAAACUGUCCAACAGAAGUGAGGAAAGUGUUAACAGUGUAUUAUGUGCAUGUAUUAUUAUUAUUAUAAUUAUAAUUAACGUACGCACAUUAACUAAUCGAAUAAAUGUUGAAUUUAACGCAGAUGUAUACUAAACACAGAUUGACGAUUGAAACAUUGAUCGAUUGAUUGAUAUGCAGAUCCAUUGUUAAAUGUUAUUAAUAUUAAUUUUUUUUUUAAACGUAGCAUGCAUUGACAUUUGUUUACACAUUUUAAUUGUUAACUUGCCUAAGUUUAUUUAUUUUUUGUUAAUUACUUUAUAAUUACGUUUAUGCCCUUCGCUAAGCAUCACCAUAAGUUCCUCACAUCAAUGUUACUGCGACUGCAUCAUAGCACAAGGCUUUAAUUACAGUCUACACAAUUUGUUAAAACAAGAAAGAGAAUGAAAAAUAACAAUUGAAAAUUGUUAACAGGCGUUGAAUAAUUUGUAUGUUUUUUAUUGUUUAAGCAAAACCAAACGAAUAACGAGCUAAACGAAACUUUGUAAAUGUUGUUUAAACCUUAGUUCUAUUUGUCAGUUGAAUUGAAUGCGGGUAUAUUGAAAGCAAGCUUUCCAAAAAAAAUAAAAUAUUUAUAUAUAUAUAAUAUAAUUAUAAUAUUAUAAAAAUGUUAAAUAUCAAAUACGAUUACGAUUAUUUCCCAAGAAACAAUAAUAAAAAAAAAAAAAAAACGUGAAAAACGUAAAAAAAGAUAAAGAAA